AGCGCGAGGUUGAGUCUGGUACAUGCGUGGGCGACUAUCUGGCCUGGGACGGCGCAAGCUGGGUUUCUGGUGGGGAUAAAGUACGCAUCGCCUGCGGGGCCGGGGAGACGCAGCAGGGCGUGAAUGCCGUGGCUAUAGGCAAGAAUGCCGGCAAUUCACAACAGGGAGAAAGAACUGUGGCAAUUGGGAAUGAAGCCGGGAUGACACAGCAGGCGGGGAGUGCCCUGGCCAUUGGGAAUGGUGCGGGUAAAACCGACCAGGGUAUCCUUGGUGUGGCUCUUGGGUCCAGUGCCGGCGGGCUAACCCAAGGGAUGAAUGGGAUUGCAAUCGGGAAUGGAGCUGGCAAUAACACACAGGGCACCUACGGAAUUGCAUUCGGGUACAGGGCUGGCUACAACACGCAGGGGAAGGAGUCGAUUGCCAUGGGGACGGAGGCGGGAUAUACGACACAAUCGACGUAUUCUGUAUGCAUGGGCUACAGGGCCGGGAAGACGUCUCAGAGUGGAGCGCCUGUUGCCAUAGGUUCAAAUGCAGGUGAGACCAUACAGGGGCCGAGUGCCGUUGCAAUCGGAAAUUAUACUGCUUAUAAGAACCAGGGGACUGAUUGUGUAGCCAUAAGCAAGCAGGCGGGAUUCGACACACAGGGCCAGGGCGCUGUUGCGGUGGGGAUCGAAUCCGGGUACACCGAACAGGGCAAGCAUGCCAUAGCGCUGGGUUUCAAGGCGGGUAACAAAUACCAGGGCGAGAAUGCGUUUGCGGCCGGACAGAUGGCAGGAAACACUGAACAGGAUGUGAUGGCCGUGGGCUUAGGGUAUUCAGCCGGCUCUCACUACCAGGGCGACUAUUCUGUGGCAAUCGGCUACCGUGCAGCGUGGACAACCCAGGGGUCUGAAUCGGUGGCUAUUGGACGUGAUGCCGCAUACACUGAGCAGGGGGCGAGUGCCGUGGCAAUUGGCUAUAGUGCGGGCAAGACGCAACAGGGGAUCAGCUCUAUAGCCGUGGGGGGUUCCGCCGGUCUCACCAAUCAAGGCGGGGGCUCUGUGGCUGUGGGUGAUUCGGCGGGCAAGACCAACCAGGGUGUAGACACGGUGGCCAUUGGUGCCAACGCUGGUUUGUCUACUCAGGGUGGAGACACGGUGGCCAUUGGUGCCAGCGCUGGUCGUACGGUACAGGGUUCGCACAGUGUUGCAAUAGGGCACUCGGCGGGGAGAGACAUGAUGGUGGAGAAUAGUAUUGCGAUCGGGGCGUUUGCAGCUUCGACGGAUGCGUCGAACAAUUCCAUUACGCUGAACGGUACUGGCAAGGCUCUGGCGAACGGGAUAGAAGAUGCGUUUAUCGUGAAACCGGUCCGCAACGCGGCGGGUCCCAAUGCGCUGACGUACAACCCCACGACGGGUGAGAUUUCGUACACCACAUCCUCGUCUCAGACGAAGGAGAACAUUGUCGACAUGUUUCGCGACGCCCGCGGCAUCCUGUGCGACCUGGACGUCAAGGAGUACAGCUAUGUCAACAAGUGCAAGUAUAUCGAGCGCGGCACCCCGGAAGAGGCCAAGCCAUUUGCCAAUUGGCUGGUCACUGAGAAGGCCGCAGACACGUGGACGUCGAGGCUGGCGGCCCGCGGCGGCUCCGAUGCAAGGUACGAGGGCGUUGCCGAUGACGACAAUCCGUCAAUCCGGCAAAUGUACGGGGACUACGUUGAAAUUACCGAGGUGGUCCCUGAGACAUUUGUCGACAAGGAGGAGACGCACUUUGGGUUUAUGGCCGAGGACGUGCAAAAGGUGUUGCCGGAGCUCGUAUACUGCGACCUGGACGGCACAGCGCAGGAUAUCAAGUGGAACAACAUUACGGCGCUGCUGGUGAAGGAGAACCAGUCGCUUCGCGCCGAGCAAGCCGCUGCACAGACAACAAUUUCUUCCGCCCUAACAACAAUUGCCGACGCACAGACAACAAUUGCCGACCUUGUCCAGCAAACCCAGCAGCUCACAGAGAGGCUGGUGGUUGUGGAAGACCAGCUCGUCAGGGACCAAUAG